GGUCAGAAAUCGUCGCAGUCCCCCUACCUUCCAGCGGGCAGUAGGGUGCUGCUCCUCCGUUGGACACGUACUUCAGUCUGUUGUGGUAAUGUCUACCUGUGUGACCGAUGUGAUAAUAUUUCAGUAAUUUUGUAACGUUUUCUAACGUUAGUGCAGACUGGUUUCGUAUCCUGCAAGAUGGAGCCAAAGGCUAGUGACACGACCGCAGGUGCUUCAUAUGUCGAAUCAUCUAAAUCCAAGAGAAGGAACAGUAAGGAGAUCAAACAGGCGACUGUGGCCCUCUCCCAGCAGAUCAGCACCAUGAAGCGUCUCUUUGGCUUUGAGAAGGAAGACGUCUCAUCGUGGGAUCGGUUUGUGUGUCUUCUCAAUCGUCCCACUGAUCCGGCCUCACUUGGGAUUUUCCGUUUCUUAUUUGGUAUGCUGAUGGCUCUGGACAUCACCCAGGAGAGAGGACUGAGUCAUCUGGACUACAAGUAUUUAGAUGGGGCACCAGUGUGCCGCUUCCCCCUCUUUAACUUCCUGAAGCCGCUUCCCAUGGACUGGAUGUUCUUUGUGUAUUUUGUGAUGUUCCUUGGUGCUGUUGGUAUCAUGCUUGGCUGCUUUUAUCGCAUUGCCUGUCUGAUGUUUAUUUCCGCUUACUGGUAUAUUUUCUUCCUGGACAAAACAACCUGGAACAAUCACUCUUAUCUGUAUGGACUCAUCGGCUUCCAGCUCACGCUCAUGGAUGCCAACAGAUACUGGUCAGUAGAUGGACUCAGAAACCCGAGGAAGAGGAACGCUCAUGUGCCUCUGUGGAACUACACUUUGCUGAGAACUCAGAUUUUCAUAGUGUACUUCAUUGCUGGGGUUAAGAAACUGGAUGCUGAUUGGGUGGAAGGAUACUCCAUGAAAUACUUGGCACAUCAUUGGUUAUUUGACCCUUUCAAAGUGAUCUUGCCUGUGGAAGUGGUCAGUCUGACGGUGGUCCAUGGUGGAGGUCUGAUCUUAGACCUCACAGCUGGCUAUCUGCUUUUCUUUGAUGUCACUCGUCCAGUCGCCAUCUUCUUUGUCUCCUAUUUCCACUGCAUGAAUUCCCAGCUUUUUAGCAUAGGGAUGUUUUCUUACACCAUGUUGUCCACAAGCCCUCUCUUCUGCUACCCUGAUUGGCCCAGACGUUUUUUCGGCCAUUUUCCAGAGUUCCUUCAACCUAUACUGCCCUUCAUCUCCCUGGCCCCGAUUCCCAGCUCCUCCUGCGUUUACCCAAAUCCAUCCAGCAGCUCUGGAGGACAAGAGGAGGCCCAUGCUGAGCCCAAACCCACCACACCAUACUUUAAACACAAACUUAGAGCCUUCUUUGUUAUCUUGUACAUCCUGGAGCAGUUCUUCUUGCCGUACUCGCACUUCAUCACACAGGGUUAUAACAACUGGACAAAUGGAUUGUAUGGCUACUCGUGGGACAUGAUGGUUCACUCCCGCUCUCAUCAGCAUGUCAAGAUCACCUACAGAGAUGGAGUAACAGGGGAGGUCGGAUAUUUGAACCCAGGAGUUUUCACUCAGAGCCGGAGAUGGAAAGAUCACGGAGACAUGUUGAAGCAGUACGCUACCUGCCUCAGUGAAAAUCUGCCACGCUUCAACAUCUCAGAUCCAGAGAUCUACUUUGACAUUUGGGUGUCCAUCAAUGACCGCUUCCAGCAGAGGAUAUUUGACCCACAUGUUGACAUUGUUAAGGCUGAUUGGUCACCAUUCAGACCUAAUCCAUGGCUUAUGCCACUGCUAGUUGAUCUUUCGCCAUGGAGAACUAAAUUUGAGGAGAUUGAAGGGUCUUUAGACAACCAGACUGAGGUGGUGUUCAUCGCUGACUUUCCAGGUCUGUUUCUGGAAAACUUUGUGAGUGAAGAUCUUGGGAACACGAGCGUUCAGGUCCUGGCCGGUGAAGUGAAUGUUGAAAUAGUGGAUGAGAAAAAGAACUACAGUUUACAACCUGGAGAAAAGAUGCAGAUUCCAGCUGGUGAAUACCAUAAAGUGUACACGGUGUCUCAAGGACCAUCGUGUUACAUGUACAUCUAUGUGAACACCACUGAGGCGGAGCUUCAAAAGAACUUCACCAAGCUUUCUGAACUUCAGGAGAAAGUGCGCAAUGGAACAGAAACAGAGCCUUUGCCUCCUGAGCUGCAGCCACUCAUCACUGGACUCGACGACCAGGACUCAGAAAACACUGUGAUCGACCCAGUAGUGCGGAUCUUCUUGAAAAGACAAAAACGUAUGCAGGAGGUCAGGAAGAGACGAGAAGCUUCUAUGCUUGAACGCUUCCAGAGAUUUGCCUCAAAGAAAUACUACUCCAUUAGACGAGGGUUUUUGAUGACAGCCAUUGCUUUGCGGAAUUUGGCAGUUGGUUUGCCACCGAUUGAGCAACUGACCAAAGAAGUGGCCUACGCCAACCUGAAGGAGCCAGAGACUGAGAUGAGUCAGGAUGAGCAUCUGAAAGACGAGGGGGGGCACGGAGAGCUGUGAUAAAACACAUUGUUACUGAGCUGCUGGUGGUCCUGCAGCAAACCAACAAAUGCUUAAGUAGGUCAGUAUUUUUGGAGCAUUCCAUGAUUUUGAGAAAAAAUCAGUUUGUUGUUUACAAAUAAUUCCCUUUUCUUAAGCUAACAAACAAAAAAAAAGACCAAAAAUAUAAAUCUAACAUCAUUUACACCCAUGUUGUUCAAAGAUUUUUAAAGAAAUCUUAAAUUUUGUCCUGUUCUUAUCAUGUUCCUGUCAAGUGGCUCCAAAAGGCAUGGAAUAUACUAUAGUGCAGUGUUUCUCAACCACAUUCCUGGAGGACCACCAGCACUGCAUGUUUUUGGAUGUCUUCCUUUGGUGGUUGAGAAACACUGCUAUAGUGCACAACAUGGGGAAAAAAAAAUCCUGAAGUGUUUUUUUUUUUUCAAGCUUGACUGUGUCUGUCUUUAUUUUACUUCCAAAAGAGCAGCAGGAACAUAUUUUUAAAACUCUCCUUAGGCAUCUGAUUGAUGUCAUACAACAUGACGGCCAGUAGAUUAUGAGAGAAUUUAUAUUUUAAAUGUAGUAAUUUUGGAUGAAACUUAGUAACUAUGGAAUUUUGUUUCUGCCAUGAAAUAACAAUAUAAAAAGGUAAUUAUGAUUUAAUCUUAGUCAAAGUUUAAAGGGAUAGUUCACCCAAAUAGAAAACUCACUAUUUGCUCACCCUCAAGUGGUUAUAAACCUUAAUGACUUUCUUCUGUUGAACACAAAAAAACGAGACAUUGUGAAGAAAGUUGAAAACCUGUAACAUUGACAUUCAUAAUAGGAAAAAAAAAAUGUCAAGGAAGUCAAUGGUUACAGGUUUUCAGCUUUUUUCCAAAGUAACUUUGUGUUCAAUGGAAAAAAAAUCUCAAACCGGUUUGAAACAAGUAAAGGGAGUGUAAAUAAAGAGAGAAUUUAGAUUUUUGACUCUAACAAUCCCUUUAACUUUUUGUUUUUAAUACGGUUUAAAUCGAAUAUUUUCAACUUUUCUUCUUCUUUGAAUUUAAAUCAAAGAACUUAGUUUUUCCCCCUAAAUUGAGUUCUUAUAAGUGAGAUAUAAUCUCUGGAUUGUAAAAGUGUGAAUUAAAAGCUAAAUUCUGUCAAUUACCUUUUCAUAUUUUCAUUUUGUGUCUGUAGUAGUUUACCUUUUUCGCUUCGGUUACUGAAAUAAUGUAAUAUUUGAGAGCAGAAAAACACUAAUCUUUAAACACUAAUCAUUUGCUCUUUUCAAGCAUUAGAUAAAAAAAUACUUUCAUUUGAACCAUACUUUUUUUCUUCAAACAAAAAAAAAAAAGAGCUUUUAUUUUACAAUUCACCCAAUUGUGCUUAAGGGAUCCUGCCUCUGUAUUGUCCCGUCACAGGAUUUAUGCAUUGAGUAAAUCAAAUGCACUUUUUCCCCACAAACAACUUUUAAUUGGACAAAAUAUUGGCUUUAAAAUGUGCCAAACAUGGGCAGGUACCAAAUUGUCUUUAAUGCAUAAGUUUCAUUAUGCUACAUGCUGUUAUUAAAUGCAACAUCAACUCAACCUUCUCACGGCUUUUAUACAGUACAGUAUGCACACUGUGAUUGUGAGAUUGGAAAUGCAGGAAAGUUGUUGUUGUUGUUUUUUCUUUGUCUCAGUGUCAAUUUUUUUAAAUGAAUAAAGUGCAGAAGCAGAGUAUUUACCAAAUGAAUAAA